AUGCCGGUGAUGGCGACGUCUUCCUCAGCCGCCGGCAACGCGUCUAUGCGGGGCCCUACCGGUCUCUUAAACAUGCUGUCUCAUCAAUUACACCCUAAGUCUCUCCCUCCCGCUCCAAACGCCGCAAUUUCGGUCUCUGCCGCUUCUCUGAAAGCUCCAGAACGCCACCGACAUGACUCCACAAUGAUACAAUCGAUCUCCCAGUCGUUUAAGCCUUUUGUCGCUCCGUUCCAGCGCUUUCCAGCCUCCCGAUACUUAUGCAAACAAGUAUACCAGUCGCCGAUGCACUCGCGGGCGCUGCAGCGCCAACACUCCGUGAUUGCAAUGGACUUGGCUGCCCCCCGGCACAAUCGACAGGUCCUGCUCUCGAGCUUCUCCAAGGCAUCGGUGACGGAGUGGCAAUUGGAGCAUAUCGGACGCGUGAUGGCCACGCUGGAGAGGCAGCCGGGAGUGUUCCAGAGGUUACUGCAGAUCUGGGAUGCAGGUACUAGUUGGGUACUGGUGCAAGACCUACAACCGGGCUGGGUGGCCUUGAGAGAGAGGUUUAACGACCCAGCGACUUUUACAGAGGACAAAUUGAGGCGCGUGGUGUUUCAAGUGGCUGCGGUCGUGCAUUUCCUGCACAGACACGGACUCAGCUUGGCCGGCGAACUGGUGCACUACGACUUGGUGAUAGCGAACGAACAAGUGACGCUGUUGCUGCACUUGGAUUUGAUCCUGAGUGGAUGCACUCUUGUGCCUGCGACGCAAAGGAAUCAAGAUGCAGACAUCGCGGCAAUUGGCAUGCUCAUGUUUCAGAUCGCUAUGAUGCCUCGCUCACCGAAUGAAGAAGUAGAUAUCCGCUACGUGGAAGGAACUAUCGAAGAUCAGCUGGAGCACCUGUCGCCUGCAUGCCGUGAUCUGCUGGUUGAAUGUCUGACUAUGAAACUUAGCGCUCAGGAUCUGCUGACGCGCAAAUGGUUGCGUCAAGUGGAUUUCCUUCACACAACGAACAAGAUGACUGUAGCUUUGACGACCUCGGAGGCACGGCAAGCGUUUUACAGAUCAUGGCUAUGGAAGUUGGCUGCGCUCUGCAUGAUGGAUUGGCUCAGGCACAUUCAUGAAGCUCCUGAAGUGAAGAGAACUGAGGAAGAAGAAGAAACAGAAAGCUCACGCCAGCGCAACCGGAGACCAACGCGCCGCAUAUACACUCGAUCGAGACUCUACGUUCCGAACGGCGUGCUGCGAAGAGGACCGAUCCCCGUGCCCGUACCAGCGGGGCAUUCGCUUCGUCCUCAAGACGACAGUGAUCAUAAAGAGCAGCGUCGACAUCUAUAUACACUCCCAACAGACCAUAAUCUACCCGAAGACGGAGAGUUUAAAAUCUGGAGAACCUACGACGAAUUCGACUACGACUUUCCGAGCUUUUAUGCUCCCCCCAGGACGGUGACGUACGAUAACUUUGAAGUUGAUGAUGACAUCGAACGCUUAUCAGAAGAAGACAGCGAAGGUGGGUUUAUAUCACUCCCGACUGACGAGAAGCGGUCGUCACUGUCGAGUGUCCAUGACGGUGAUGAGGUCCGAACACUACAGAGAGAAGUUGUUCGCUCGCUACAACAUGAACCACCAGACAAACGGGACGAAAACUCAAGUGAAAUGCAGACAGUUUAUGAUGAUGUGUUUAAGCAACGAAGAAGUUCAACUGCAAGCGAUCAGGCGAUAUUUGGAUACGACAGGAACGCCUCACAUGAUGCUGUUCACUUCAGUGCUUUUGGACCACCACAAGCUGCACUAUGUGACUUCUUCCGGAUCGAUAUUUGGGCAUAUUUGAAGCAGCAGCGUGAGUCGAUGCUGGAGAUGGCUCUUGAACACAGUGACGUUGAGAGUGGACAGCGUGUUCAGCCGCUUCAUAUUCAACGAGGCACGUUAGUCACCGUGUCAAUUGAGCCAAGUGCGCAGUUCGGUAUAAAGGGCGACGAUUGCAAGUCGUUCCGAUGGCACGGAGAUAUUGUCGGUGUAUCGUUUGAUCUGCACCGCAUCUCGACUAGAUCAGAAGACGACAACGAGACCGAUGAGCUUUGUAUCGCUAAGAUCGUGGCUGGAACCAAGGUAUCGCUGCUGUAUAUCCGACUUCAUGCGGCUCCAAUUCACUCCUACAACGGCGCUGCAGUGGGUAUGACCGGCUCGUCCGAUCUUUCUCUCUUGGAUACUCAAAUGGAGCACGUAGCUCCAAACGUUGUGGACAUUCCAGAAGAAGAUCUGGAACUCAUUCGACCAAUCGGUCACGGGUCCUUCGGUGAUGCAGUUCUUGCUCGCUGGAAAAGCACAUCGCAAGAUGUGGUAGUCAAAAUGAUGAGCCACGAUGUGUACGGCAAUACUGACGCACUCGCUGAGUUCCAGCACGAAGCAGCUGUGAUGAAUCUACUUGGAAAACACCCGCACGUGGUCGAACUCCUCGGUAUAAGCAGCACCGGAGCAGAUAAAGGCUCUCCUGACUCACAAAACCUCUCUCUGGUGACCGAGUAUCUACCGAACGGCAGCUUGGAGGAUGUCUUGGGUAUCAACGCACACUCUGAAACUUUACCAAGUCCCGUAAGCUUUUUUUCCCGUACGGUGAUGGCUCGGGACGCAGCUCACGGCCUGGCGAACAUUCACCAAGGCAAUUUCUUACACCGAGAUAUCGCAGCUCGGAACUGUUUAGUGGACGCCGAUUUCAGCGUCAAAGUGUGCGAUUUCGGAUUAUCUCGACGACUACGUGGGUCUAUUGGUUCUCAGAGUUCGUUCUUGUUUGACGAUGAUCGACACGGAUUCGGUCCGCUCAAGUGGAUGGCGCCUGAGUCCAUAACACCUCCGUAUUUGUUCUCGACGUACUCGGACUCGUACAUGUUUGGCGUACUGCUUUACGAGAUUUUCAGUGGCCAACCUCCAUUCCCGAAUUUAACGGCACGAGACGCUGCAGCUCUGAUCUUAGAAGGUCACCACGUCCCCAUCCCGCACUCCUUGCCAACUGCGCACCGCCAAUUGAUGGAGCAAUGCUUUGACGUGCAUCCAUUGCGUCGUCCAUCAAUGGACGAGAUCUACACGACGCUGGAUCAAUGGGUUCUGCAAGACACAAAAACCCAAGUUAGAUGGGUGCGUUAA